AUGUCGUUAAACUAUAGUAUUUUAAUAUUUUUAGCACUGAUUGGUUUUAGAGUAGUGGUGGGCGAUAGAGGUGGCCGAAUUCGCUACGAACUACCAGCUCAAAGACCAUACGCAUCCUUAUAUCAAGCAAAUAGAAUGCAAAUACCAAUCCCAGUAAAAACAAGGAAGAAUGGAAGCAGAAAGCCUGAGAAUCAACAAAUCGCAGCUGGACCUUAUAUAAACGAACGGGAACUAGGGCUGCCACCAAUCAAACCGAUGAGAAACAUCCCUAGGGACUUCGAUGACAUAAUUGACGGAUCAAACGAAGAUGAACUGGACUUCGAUGACGACGACGACGAGAACAUCAAGUGUGUAGUCGAGGCCAAAAGGCCGUACUCGACGUCACCAAAAAUAACAGUAACGGGGUUAAGCGAAAGGUACAACUCCCUGUUAAUUGGGUACGAUAUACACAGCGAUGGAAAAAGGGCAAACAAAGCGAGUUUGUACGGCUGGAGCAGCCCAAAGUCCCCUUUGGAAUCUGGAGUGUCGAAAUUCAGCUUCGAUUUAGACUACGUUUCAAUAAUGCCGCAAGGAGGCACGCCACUAAGUUAUUGCGCGUUGGUAUUUGUACCGCCGCUAGUUCCAAACUUCGAUAUGAGAAGCGUGUUCGGAAAGCCAGCAAUGAGCAUGGAGAGAUACUUCGGAUCGGAGGAACACCUGGUGAAGGCAGUCAAGAAUAAGAGCAAGAAAGUGACAUCCUGCUGCUUUAUAGCAUACCCAAUGGUUUCAAGGCGUUAA